AUGUCUCCUCUCAGCUGGAGCGAUCGAUUGCACGAGUUUCGAGUAGAUAUGGUCGUCGGAAACCAUGUCUUUGAGUUCGUUGACCUCCUGUUCUGUGAGGGUGUUGAGGAACAUCUCCUGUUCCUUGUCUGUGUCCUCUUGGCCGUCGUCUUCGGGAUCGAUGUUGCCGUCUUUAGACACGAGAGAGCACACAUGCGAACCGAAGAAAGCGAUUUUGUAAGUCAAGUCUCUUGCACCCAGGGCUUUCAAUCCCGUGACACCGGAAUUGAGUGCUUCUGUGGUGGAGGCCAUUCCACGAGACCGCACAGACAUUGGUUUCACUCCAGGAAGACCGAGCUGGGUCACGUCUGGAACAACAACCUCUGUUCCUGUGAAUCUGCACUUGUCACCUGGCUUUGCUCUUUCGACCAGCUCGCCACGCAGAAUCACGUCCAUUGUUCUUGGCAUCGAUCCAGUGGGGAUCUCGUUGGAGUUUUCCUGGAUACGCACUUUUUGCCAGUCCACAAAGGUGGAUUUGGCGAUGUUCAAGGACCAGGAAGCGUGGUUUUCACAUGUAGGGUUGGAACAACUGGUUGGCUCUGUGUAUUUGAACGCUUGUUCCACGUUCUCAAUCAGAGUCUUGCAAACAUCACAAGUAAACGAUCCUUUGUACAGUUCUGGUCUGACUUCACUGGUACGGGUGACUGUUCCAGAGAUGGACAUGAGCAUUCCAAUGUUUUCUGCCCUCAGUUCUCUGAUUCUGUUGAUCGUGGGCAGGUUGUAGAACGAGAUCUGCAAAACACGUUCGGUCACGCCUGCUUCUUCGUCCUCGGCGAUUUUCGUCGACCGUCUCAGCAAAGCCGGCUGGUGUUUCUUGAUCACGGCCCGCAGUCCGUUCACCAGGUACGGGAGGAAUCUGUAGUACUGUUCUGUGAUGGCGCUUGCCAAGAUCCCGUUUUCCACGGUCAAUAA